AUGCAAGAGCUUGGUGAGGAAAUUGCCUUCCAAGCUAAAGCCAAAUCCGUUCAGGUUGUCUUGGGUCCAAACAUCAAUCUUCACCGGGAUCCACGAGCCGGUCGCAACUUCGAAGCUUUCAGUGAGGACCCUCUAGUCACCGGUCAAUUAGCCGCUGCUAUCGUCAAUGGAAUUCAGUCACAAGGUGUGGGUGCUUGUGUGAAGCACUUUGUUGCGAACGAGAGCGAGACUGUGCGCAGACGUUACAACGUCGACGAGUCUGGCAACAACAGGACAAUGCGUGAAAUAUAUCUCCGCACUUUUCAAUAUUUACUUCAAAGAUCCAACCCCGUUGCAAUUAUGACAGCGUAUAAUGCGCUUGACGGUCAUUUCUGCAGCGAGAAUCCCCUGAUCAAGACAUUACUUCGCGAUGAGUGGAAGUACGAUGGCUGCAUGAUGUCUGAUUGGUAUGGAACCAAGACCACCCUCGCCUUGAACGCUGGACUGGAUUUAGAGAUGCCAGGACCGUCUGUCUUCCGUGGCUCUAAACUAAUGGAUGCCAUCAAUGACAAGCGGAUAUCAGAGGAAUCGCUUGAUGCUGCAGUCACAAAUGUUCUGACAAUGAUCGAUCGGACGAUCACCAGUCAGAGUAACAAGAAGGAAGAAUCCCCGAUCUGUAAUCGAACAAGUGCCAUGGCAUUGAAAACAGCCUCCGAAGGGAUCGUGCUCCUGAAGAACGAGCGCAAUAUUCUGCCUCUUGAGUCAAACGACAACAUAUCAACCGUGGCUCUCAUCGGGGCUGCUGCUAUCAGGCCAUCUACCACCGGUGGAGGCAGUGCUUGCGCCAAGCCUCAAUACCUGAAAACCCCCUUGCAGUGCUUCCAAGAUGUCUACACGGAUCCUAAGCAGGUCUCCUUCGCAUAUGGGGUCAAUUCCAAUGAUGUUGUUCCUGUUAUGCCUGUUGGCAUCAUGCAAGCACGGAAUGGGCUCCCGGGCGCUAAUGUGGAUUAUUAUUUGGACGAAUCGGACAGAGUCAUCUACUCUGAACAUUCUGAACAGCCCGUCGUGGUGAUGCUUGGUAAAUUAAAGCCAGGUCUGACUCAGAAUGGAUUCUACUUUGCUAUUGAGACCACUGUGACCGUGAGAGAAAGCGGAAAUCACAAGUUGGCUGUGCAAGCCACAGGCGAGUUCUCAUUAUCUGUAGAUGGGAUCGAGAUACUUUCUAAGCCCGUUCCUGUCAUGACAGUCGAAGACUUCUUAUUCGAGCCCAAGAAAUUGCAGACAAUUGUUGAGUUCAAAAUGGAGGCUGAACGCCCAUACAAGUUUAUCUUGAAAACUCAUUCGCGUGACGUUCCAUCAGCAAAUGGAGAAAUAUCUCCUCAUUCAGCUAAACUAUGCUUUGAAGAAGAGCAUAACGAUCGGGUUGCCAUUUCUGAAGCAGUGAAAAUCGCUGCCGAUUCAGACUACAGCGUGAUCUUUGGCGGUCGAACACACGAACACGAAUCUGAAGGGUUUGAUCUCAAGACACUGAAAUUGCCCGAAAGCCAAGUUCGAAUGAUAAAAGCCGUGUCCAGUGUAUCAGAAAAAACAAUUCUUGUCCUGCACUGCGGAAACCCCAUUGAUGUCUCAGACUUUGUUGAAGAUGUUGAUGUCGUCAUGGUAGCCCAUUUCCCUGGACAAGAAGGUGCACAGGCUAUUGUCGAUAUCAUUACCGGGAAAACAAACCCAAGUGGGAAAUUGGCUACCACAUGGCCCAUGCGUCUGGAUGAGAGUUGCGUGCCUUCUUUUGGCAGUUUCCCAGCGAAGGAUGUUGGCAAUGGGCCAGUAAUUCGAUAUCGUGAAGGUCUGCAGAUGGGCUACAGGUCUCCAAAUUCCGGAUCCGCCGCCCGCUGGCCAUUCGGGUAUGGCUUGUCCUAUUCUUCGUUUGACUAUAAGAACUUAAAAGUUCUUUCCCAUGGUGAAAUUGACGAGAGGAUUUCUGUGGAGACUCUCGAAGGAGCAGUCACAAUCGCCAUCGACGUCCAAAACACAAGUGAAAUUGCAGGAUAUGAGGUUGUUCAGGUCUUUGGCGAGCCUCCAGUGGACGCUGUGGUCUGGAAGCCGCGCUUCGAGUUGAUCGCGUUCUCGAAAAUUUGGCUUGAGCCCAGUGAAACAAAACGCGUCGGUAUGACAGUUUUGAAAAGAGACAUCAGUGGAUAUUGGGAUAGCGCGUCCCGAUGUUGGAGGUCGCUCAAUGGCACCUAUAAGAUUACAUCCGGAUCUUGCGCAGCUUAUCUGCACAUUGAAGACAUGGGAACUUGGAAUGGCCUGUGA